CAAAGCAAAGGAUAUACCGUCAGUGGAAGCCAGCUGCAGUUUAAUGUAUUUUCUGUUCCGGCAUUUGUUUGACACUGUGUUUGAAACUUGUUUCCCGAGCGAUGGAGCCAUAGAAAGCUUUCCGGAGAUGUUUUGGGAAUAUUUGGUCGCGGUUCGACGACAAAGAAAAUCCGCGGGCUCUUCGAGAGAGUGAGAGACAUGGACAACUCUGUCACCCUGUGGCAGUUCCUUCUUCAGCUCCUGUUGGAUUCUAAUAAUGACCAGCUCAUCUGCUGGACCAAUGAGGAAGGAGAGUUCAAACUAUUGCAGGCAGAGGAGGUGGCCCGGCUGUGGGGAGCCCGCAAGAACAAGCCCAACAUGAACUAUGACAAACUGAGCAGGGCGCUCAGAUACUACUACGACAAGAACAUCAUAAAGAAGGUGAACGGUCAGAAGUUUGUCUAUCGUUUUGUGUCCUAUCCCGACAUCCUGAAAGGAGAAGUUGCCACCCGAGCAGAGAGCGGGGAUGUGGGGGCAGGAGGCAUCCCUCCACUGUCGAGGAGGGACGACAGCACCGUCCAGGAGGGCGACGCUGGUGACAGAGCCAAGGUGGGGGUUAGUGCAGCAGCUCUGGCCUCCGGCACCAAGCAGUCGAACCGUAACGACUACAUCCACUCUGGCUUGUACACCUCCUUUACUCUCAACUCUCUGCAAAAUGGACGCCAGCUCUUUAAGUCCAUCAAAAUAGAGAAUCCAGCCGAGAAGAUGGCUGACAAGCGGGGUCUCACUGCCACCUCACAGAGCCUGGAGGCAGUUUCUCAGCAGCAACAACCAACCGCUCUGCCGUCGGUCAUCAAGUUUGGAAACACCCCUCCGAAACCAGCACUCACACUGCCUCCUCAGGUUGCCAUAGAGCCAACCCUGAUGCCCAACCAGUUGGAUCUUCUCCAAAGUCCGCCCCAGAUGGCUGAGGACAUCAGCACACACUCCGCCCUGCCCCAGUCUGUUUACUCAUUCGAACACAUCCGCCCAUCAGCACCGACGUUCCCCACACCAGACCUGACCUCAGCCAGUCCGUCCCCAAGCUUAGUGCUCGAGUCCUCCCAGGAGCUGGUGAUUGACAGCGACAUUGAGUCCGGAUCUUCUCAGCCCACAGAUGUUCCGGCGCCGGAGUCAGCAGACGCUCAGACACAGGAGAAGUUUGACAGCGCCAUCGGUCUGUCUGGAGAUGAAACCAGUUUGGUGGAUGCUGAAACCAGCUCGUCCUCAGUGAGCAGCAGCACAACAAUCAGCACCCAGAGUUUCGGGAGGACACGCAAGCCACCGAAAGUCCUGCAGAUCAGCCCUCCGACUGUGCUGGUCACCGCCUCUGACUUCUCCCCCAUGAACCUCUGCAGCCCCUCACUACCUACUGGGUCUCUCACACCAGCAGCAUUGCUACAGACUCCAACUCUUCUGCUGACUCCAAGUCCGCUGCUGUCCAACAUUCACUUCUGGAGCACGCUCAGUCCAGUCGCUCCCCUCAGCCCAGCGACACGGCGCCAGGGAGCCCACCUUUUCCAAUUCCCAUCAGUUCUCACCCCCCAGUUCCAGAUCCCAGUACACAGCAUGGAUGGGACCAACACACCGGGCCCGAUUUCACCAGACCCUCAGAAAACAUAGGCUCAGCGCCCUCCUCCCGCCCACGGAAAGCCAGGCACCCGUCCCCUCCAUCACUUCUUCUGCAAUCUCCCGCUCCCACACCGAGGACAAUGAUGUGGGAGUGUUUCCUGUCACGUUGGUGCUUUGAAGUUCGCUGCCACAGAAAUUCACACUACAAUCAGGUGUGUGGAGGGCGGCUGUGGAGAAAUGUCGGCAGUCCAGCUCUGACGGACGAGGGUAACACGUUUGGUUUGUUUCAAGGCAUUUACACCCUCAGGAUGCUCUUCUGUUCUCACACAUCUCAUCGUCGUCAUCAUCCUAAUGCACUCACAGAUCCGUUUUGUCUGGCUUUGUUUUUUUUGGGGGAUCCUCAGUCACAACAAAGGAGGGAAGAAUUUCCAUGGCAACAGUGCGUUGCUGGUGGAUUGGACCCUCAGCAGCCACAAGCUGCUUCAUACUUGGACACACAGAUCAGGGGGAUUACAGAUAUCUGAAUCAGUCCUUUUUAUAGAAUCUCCUUCUUAUCUUGUGCAGCUGUGUGAUUGCCAAACGAGACAGGUUUUAUGCUAUCAGUUCCUGACCUGUUUUCUCCUCUGCUCACAGUGAUCCUUUUUCCUUUCUGUGCUCCAAUCUUAACUUUUGCUCUUAUUGAAGGGUAGUGCUUUAACCUGAUAACCUGCAUGUUUACCUGCAGCUCUUUUGUUUUUUAGCAAGUUCUCAACCUAAACUUAAAUGUCAAGCCUUGCCUCAGUUGCUGUGAAAUGCUGGCCAUAUCCAAUGAGACUUUUACCUUGACUGUCUUAUCACGACAAUGUUGCCAUAAUCUGAGCUGAACCUUGAAUCAUCCCUCUAUAUAUCUUUUGUAAUGUACAGUAGAAUAGCCCCGAAAGCCAGUGUGGCCUGGUUUGCCUCCAGUUAGUAAACUUUUCACGUGGGAAUGAAAGAAAGCAAAGCCAUAACUGCUUCUGUGAAUUGAUUUUGCAAGCCACAGUGCACAAAUCCUGUCCUCACUACCCUCAUUUUGCCAUUUGUAAUCUAAUACUGCAGUGUUGAAAGCAACCAGAUCACACUGGAGACGUUUAUUUAACGUUCUUUAAACAGAUAUUUCAGAGAAAUGAUCAGCAUGGAAGGAAUAGUUUUGCCAAAUACACGUAUUUGUUUUGUUGCCUUGAGCUGUUUGGGAGGAUCAAUACAAACUCGCAUGUCUGUAAAGGAGGAAAACACGAUCAGUCACAGCAUUAAAACCACAGAAAAAUCAAUCACGUGGGUGUUACUUUGACACGUAGCAGCCCGACUAAACAUCGCUCCAGACCAGGCCAAUGUGGUCAAGGAGCGUCACAAAAAGAGCCCAAAAACUCCCCAGACCCCAGAGUAGUCGACCAAUUCACCAAGGCCUCACCACAAAGCACUCCCAGAGGUUACGUUUCCCGACAUCCCGACAGAUCAGAGCUUGAUUUAACGUCAUGGCUGAUUGGUGUAUGAAGCUGGAGCUAGGAGCUGAUUGGCUUAGCUUAGCACCAAGACUGGAGACGAACCAGCGGUUCUGGUUUAGAGUUCUGGUUAAAGUCUUUUCUGAUUCUGAUUCACGUACUAGCACCGUUUUAAAGCUCGCUGAUUAACACGGUCUGUCUGUUACCUUUAUGCCCAAGUGAAAAGCAAACUGCAAAGACAGGAGUUUAAUAAUCUGUGGAGUUGUAGAAUCUUCUGAACCUCAAGUAGAUUAGUCAUUUGAUUAUGUUUCGAGCGUUAUAGCAGAAUGAUAGUGAGGCGCAGCCAGACCGAUAUGUCCUACAGAAAGGUCUGGCUAAGCAAGACUACAUUUUUACUCAAUGAUGUCUCAUUUUUUUUUACAGCAAUACGACGUCCUGCACUUUUAUAGAAAUGGCACGACCAUUGUUUGAAGUAGAUGUCCUCAUAAAUGUCCUCUGUGCAGUAAAACAGAGGUACGAUGCCCUGAAAGCUAGAAAUGAAAAAACAAAAGUUACAUUUUGUUUAGUUAUUUUACAAAAACUAAAAAUAAAUGGAAGUAAUAUGUACAGGUCUUACUAAUACUCAGGAAGAAAAAGAUGACAUCACAUGCUAUAAAUGUUUUGUUUUGUUUUGUUUGUUAUCAGCUGUUUCCUGAUUUUAGUCUUAACGUUUCGCUGGCUCCAGCUAUAAACUCACCUCACAGACGUAACACAACUUUUUGGCAAAAAAGCAAAUAAAUGUGAAACUAUUCCUUCUAAUACAGAUGGAUUUUUAUUUUCUUAUCAAACAAAAUCACACCAGACUUUUAAAAGCUUGCUGAUUGUCUUAAAAUCCAGCUUUGUGUGAAAUGAAAGCUUUGUUGACGUGCAUCGCAGUUCGUCCAACUCACAUUUAACCUCCAGAUGUAAUUCACCAGAUUCUCGUCAUUUUAUCCUUUUUGAAACACAGAUAUGAGCCAAAACACGAUGACCACCUGUCUAACAUGCUGCUGAAGUUUCACUUGCUGCCAAAAUAGUUUAGGCACCGAGACAUUAGCAGGUUUAUGGAUCGUUGGCCGUCGCUGCUAAUCGAGGGCAUCCACCAGGUGUUUAGGAAAGGGUUCAUCUAAACAUUAUAAUCCGACCCUGACAGAAGUUCUUUAGCUGCCCACUUCUCCUACAUCCUACUUGUUGAUUUCGAAAACCAGCUGUUCACUUACUAAUAAUCCCACACCUCAACAUGUGCCAUUGCUACGAGAUAAUCAGCAUUUCUCAUUUCAUCUGUGGUCAGAGUGUCUUGGCUCAUCGAGUUUACAUCCUCAGACCUGCAGAAACACACGUUAGGCAGCACCUUCGUAUCUCCUCAGAGCCCCUCUGACAGAUUAUCAGCCACGAGAGGUUUACGAUUGCUUUGUAACUGACUUUAAAGCCAUAAGUCUGAGACACAGACUCCAGAGGUAGAUCCCACCGUUCUAUGCUAUUAAACGUGGAAGUUGUACACAUCGCACUUGUUUACACGAUGCUCGGAUAGAACACACCCAAGUGUGUUUGCGUGUGUGUGUGUUUGCCAAAGUGUCACUUUCUAACCCAGGGAUGGAUGACCAGCGAAUUUUAUAGGGGAGGGGACGCUCGUUUUUACUGCGCUGCCAGAUAUCUGCCCCCCCCCGGCCUGCAGUCCGUCACAGAGAUAUACGGUGCCUUACCCCAGCCAAGCCCAAGUGUCUCUCCCAGAUGUGGAUGGAGUUCUAUCAUUGAAAAGGUUAUAUAUAUAUAAAUAUAUAUGUGUGUGUGACAGCGCUCCUGUUUUGUUUUUAUGUCAUAUCUUUGCGUAGACCAAAACCCCAGAAGUAUGAGGUAAAACUUCACCGGGAUGUUUGGGAGUUCAAACACGUCGUCGCAGCGUUUUGUUUUUGUUUUUCUUUUCUGGAUGCGUUACUGUACAUACAGACAGCACAGCAUGAAACAUCAGGCCAUGUUUUUAAAUUUUGGUGUCUCUUUCCAACCUGCUUCUUAAAUGUUUGUGAUAACAGAUUUACUCAGAAAGUAUCUAAAUAUAUAAUAGAAAACCUGUUUAGCAUUUUUCUGUCGGGGUUGGGGGGCGGGUGGGGAGGGAGGGAAUCAAGGCCUUACUGGGAGAAAUCUAUGUUUUAUAUGUUCAAUGUUUUGAUAUAGUGUUGAUAUUGUAAAUGCAGAUGUUGUGAUGAAACGUUUGCACUUAAAUUUUUUGGGGUUCCUGUAGUAUUGGAUUCUGUCACUUUUCUACGACUCAGACCUGCUCUUUGAUGAAGUGUUUGUUUGCUUACUGAAAAAAUGUAUAUUUUCCCAAAGAGAGGAUUCAGUUAUGCACUUAUAUUUUGUAACGCAUAACAGAGUAAAAUCUAAUCUUUUACUGUGUAUAUCAAAUAAUUUACAGUAAUUUGUAAUUAGGCACUACCACAUAAUAUAUAUUUGUGAGAAGUUAGAGUAGAAACCCAAUCUGAUUGGUCGCCUCUGCUGCAUUUUUGCAGUAACUUUAUUUAACAAAACUAUAAAAUAGCUGGAAAUGACCCCUGUUUAAAUUCUCCUCCAUUCACGUCCUCUUGGACUUGUCAUCUAAAUAUUUCUUCAUUUGUAUCUUCUGAUGAUGUUUUCUCCACCUUACCUUGAAAUGUAAAAAAAAUCUGGUUUUGCGAGAAGCGACACUGUUCUUGUUCUGUUCUGUCCAGUUCUCUAUUUGUUGAUGCUUUUUCAAAUGUUUACAAGCUGCUUGUCUUAAGUGGCGUAUUGAUGUGCGAGAGGUGUAGAGGAAGUGUUUAUUACACAAGAACUAGGUGAGACCAACAAUAAACGAUCUCUGACUAACUAGAUCUUA